AUGAAAAGUCUGUGCUGGAAUGUUCCGGGUUUGGGGAACCCUGACACAUUCCGAACGUUGCGCAAUUUAGUGCGCAGAUCGCAACCCCAGUUGGUUUUUCUUUCUGAAACAAAAGGAAAUCCAACUUUAGAAGGACGAGCAAAACGGGAACUUAGUUUCGAUUGUUGUGUUAGUGUUGCUAGCACGGGGAAAAGUGGAGGUCUUAUGCUAUUAUGGAACUCAGAUUCAAAUGUUAGGAUUCAGUCUAUGUCACCGGGACAUAUAGACUCAAUUAUUACAGAUAAGUACGGAUCGUGGAGAUUUACUGGAUUUUAUGGAAACCCUUGCACGUAUAAGAGAUCGGCUUCAUGGAAACUUUUAGAAAGAUUGGCGCGAAUGAUGGAUUUACCUUGGAUUAUCGGAGGGGAUUUUAAUGAGAUAGUGUCUAUGACGGAAAAGAUGGGUGGGGUGUGCAGGAAUGAGAGCCAGAUGCGGGGCUGCCCCAUAUGGGAACGCCURGAUAGGUUCCUUAUUAACGAGAGCAUGCUUAAUAAGUGUUUAAAUCUUAAGGUCACACACCUUGAACUGCUUUCUUCAGAUCAUAGGCCCAUUUUAGCUUCCUGGGACUUUGAACUGCCACGCGCUUGGACAUGUCACAAGCAGAGGAAGAUAAGAUUUGAGGAGAGUUGGUUACAGAUUGAUGGCUGUAGGGACAUUAUUACAGGGACUUGGGGAUCCUUGCCUGGGAUUGGAAUUGAGGCGUUUCAAGCAAAAAUUUGUUCGUGCCUCUCUCGGCUUAAUGAGUGGAAUAAAAUUAGAUUGAACAGAUCUCUUAAAGGGGCUAUUGCGUAUAAGGAGAAAGAGCUUGAAAGACUUCGCCAACUAGAUGGCGAUAGUCAAAAUGCCAUACUAGCCAAGGAUUUUACAAGAGAGGAAAUCGAAGUGGCCCUAAAAGGAAUGCACCCUUCCAAGGUUCCUGGCCCAGAUGGGGUUCAAGCAAUGUUCUUUCAGAAAUUUUGGACUGUGCUCAUUGCCAAGGCCUUGGCUAAUAGGCUUAAAAGUGUUAUGGAUAGUGUGAUUUCCCCUACCCAAUCAGCCUUUGUGCCAGGCAGGAGUAUCACGGACAACGCGAUCAUUGGCUUUGAGUGCAUUAAUGCUAUAAAAAAUAAGCGAUAUGGAAAGUUGGGGGAAGUGGCUAUGAAGUUGGAUAUGAGCAAGGCUUAUGAUAGAGUGGAAUGGCAAUAUCUUAGAGGAAUCAUGGUAAAGAUGGGCUUUGCAAAUAGAUGGGUGGAUCUGAUUAUGAAUUGUGUGGAAUCUGUUCGGUUUGCAGUUCUGAUAAAUGGGGUGCCGGGUGAUGAAUUUACACCUAACAGGGGACUUCGACAAGGAGACCCACUUUCACCUUACCUGUUUAUUAUGUGCGCGGAGGGGCUCUCUGCUCUUAUAAAUGAUGAGGAAAAGAAAGGGAAUAUCACAAGAUUGAAAAUCAAUAGGCGAUGCCCCCCCAUUUCACAUUUAUUUUAUGCUGAUGACUGUUUGUUGUUUUUCAAAGCUUCUACAGGUAACUGCAGGAGCAUUAAAGGGAUUCUGGAAUCUUACGAAAAGGCAUCAUCUGGACAAUGCAUUAAUCUUGACAAAUCAAUGUUCAUUGUGAGCAAAAAUACCAAGGAGCAAAUGGUAGGGGUGAUAAGGCAGGAGCUGAUGGUGAAUCAUACGGAGAGCCUGGGUCAAUACUUGGGUCUUCCUUCCCAAACAGGACGAAACAAGAGGCAGGUGUUCAACAAUAUUAAAGACAGAGUAUGGAAAGCACUUCAGGGCUGGAAAGGGAAGUUGUUUUCGAUGGGAGGGAGGGAAGUUCUAGUGGGGARCGACGGGCAYGGAAAGGAAGAUUCAUUGGCGCAGUUGGAAAAGACUGUGUAUCCCGAAAGAUCAAGGAGGGUUGGGCUUCARAGACAUCAGUAUCUUUAA